GGAUAACGCAUAACCUCAACUACUACCGAUCAAAAUUAAAACAACCAGCGUACCGAGUGUGACGCAAACACGUGUACUAAAGAAUAAAUAAAAUGGGUAGAAAGGCAAAAUUUAACGAGGGUGAGAUAGUGAAAAAAGGCCCUGGCAAGAAGGCGAAGAAGCAGAAGGAUCCAGUUCUUCCAAAGAGUUUAAAAGCUCCUGAAGACUCUCUGAAGCAACUCAGCUCCAGGCAGAAAAAAAGGGUCAAGAAACGUGAAGAAAAGAAAGUUGAACUCUUGAAAAAGCGUCAAGAAAAUAGAAAAAACAAAAAGAAAGAAAGCGAUGAAAAGAUUCCUCCACCUCCGCAACAAGAUUCUAGCGAAGAAGACUUUAGUGAAGAUGAAGAGAUGGCUUCAGAGGACGAUAACGUGAAAGUAGACAAUUUAAAUGACUUGUCAGAUUCAGAAGAAAACCACAGUGACGAUUCUUACUCUGAUGAAGAUGACCUACUUCCAAUUGAAAAGGAAAACAUUAAACUCAAGAAGAAACAAGCUCUUGAGGAAAAGGAAGCAGAAGCAGAAAUGCAGUUAAAUAUAGCCAAUCAAGAAUCCUUUAAAUUUCCUACUAAAGAAUCAGAGGAAGAGGUCAAAUCUCUGCAGGAUGUUCAGCAAAGAAUCCGGGAAAUAAUCGCUGUUUUAUCCGAAUUCAGUAAGCUUCGUGAUGCUGAACAUUCCCGUAGUGAAUACAUCGAUCUCCUAAAGGAAGAUCUGUGCACUUAUUACAGCUACAAUGAUUUUCUGAUGGAAAAGUUGAUGCAAUUGUUCCCGCUGUCUGAGCUUUUGGAGUAUCUUGAAGCCAGCGAAGUACAGCGUCCUUUGACCAUUCGAACCAACAGUUUGAAAACGCGGCGCAGAGAUCUGGCUCAGGCGUUAAUUAAUAGGGGUGUUAAUUUAGAUCCAAUUGGGAAAUGGAGCAAGGUCGGCUUGGUGGUUUACUCAUCUCAAGUUCCCGUGGGCGCUACUCCUGAAUAUUUGGGCGGUCACUAUAUUAUUCAAGGAGCCUCGAGUUUCUUGCCAGUCAUGGCUUUAGCUCCGCAAGAAAAUGAGCGAAUCCUUGACAUGUCAUCUGCACCAGGUGGUAAAGCUUCGCAUAUCGCAGCUCUGAUGAAGAAUACAGGUGUGCUAUUCGCAAACGAUUCCAACAAAGAUCGUACUAAGGCAAUAGUGGGCAAUUUUCACCGGUUAGGCGUUGUCAACAGUGUAAUCACUUGCAUGGAUGGCAGAAAUAUACCCAAGUUAAUGAAAGUAUUCUUUGAUAGAGUGCUGUUAGAUGCUCCUUGUACCGGAACCGGAGUUGUGGCCAAAGACAAUAGUGUCAAGACGAGUAAAAACGAAAUUGAUAUCCAGAGGUGUUACAACCUACAAAGGCAGUUGUUGUUAGCUGCUAUUGAUUCCGUCAAUGCAAAAUCACCUACAGGAGGGUACAUUGUCUACUCAACUUGCUCAGUUUUAUUGGAAGAAAACGAAUGGGUCAUAGAUUUCGCUUUGAAGAAGAGAAACGUUAAACUAGUAGAUACCGGACUUGGAUUCGGCACUGAAGGAUUCACUAAAUAUCGGCAUUUAAGGCUUCAUCCAACGUUAAAUUUAACGAGGAGAUUCUAUCCACAUGAGCACAAUAUGGAUGGAUUUUUCGUAGCCAAGCUAAAGAAGUUCUCAAAUGUUAUUCCUACGAGUGACACUUCUGAUAUUGCAGAGGAAGUUGAAGAAGAAAUUGAAGAGGCCCAUGAAAUCAGUCUCGAUGAAACUGUAGGAGAAACGAAAAGCACAAAAGUGGAAAAGGCAAAGAAGAAAGCAUCACUAAACGGUUUUAAGGCAAAAGGUGUAAAUGGUCAACGUCAAUUUAACAAAAAAAUUGAAGAUCAAGAGGAGCCAAGUAAAAUAUCUUGGGAGGAUGUACCUAAGAAGACGAGUGUUAAAUUGGGCAAAAAAUUGAAGACCGUUUCCAAAAAGAAGAAAAUUGGAAGCUUAAAAUCAAACAAACCUGACAAGAAACAUUUAAAACAUAAAAAUGUGAAGCUAGUUAAAAGACACAAUAAAUAAAACUAAAAUAUUU